UUUUGUUCCGUUCUAGAGAGAAGUCUUUCGGAAAUGUUGUCAUCUCUUGUUCGUUUAACUAAGUUUGUGAUUGAAAUAUUAUCCGAAAUUAUAUAAUUGGAGGAAUAACAACAGCAAUGUCUAACAAUGAGGCUAUGGAAUGGAACAGCAGUGAUAAUGCAGUGCGCAAAAGGGAUUUGCCAUAUCGGGUCCCAGGACAUGAUUUAGGGAUAGCCAAGUUAAAGUUAGUAGUGGAGGGUUCUGUUUUUACAGAAGAGAGAGAUUUCCUGGUCAAGAGCUGCGAGUAUUUCCAAGCUCUCUACCGUUCAGGGAUGAAAGAAUGCCGGCAGGAGGAAAUCCACUUGAAGGGUUUGUGUGCUCGAGGAUUCUUGAUCGCACUGGUGGUUUUACGAGGCAAGAGACCUAUCCUGGAUGCUGACGAAAUCGUGGAGGCCAUAGAAUGCGCUGCCUUCCUGCAGGUGGAGCCUCUUGCCAAACAUCUCACAGACCUGAUCGACUCUGAUAACUGUUUGCUAAUGUAUCACACCGCAGCAACCUUUGGCCUAAUGACCCUCUACCAUGCUGCUGCACUGUUUAUCCGGAACAUGUACCAUGACUUAGAGGUCGAAGUCAGGAAAAGCUUACCGACAGAACUAGUUGCGUAUGUAGAGUCACUGGUUCCUAGUGCGUUUGUAGCAGUUGGAGCCCACUCGACUUGUGGUGUGGAUGAAACCAUCCACGCUGGCAACAGGACUUUGUGCUACCUGGACGAUGAGGGGAAAAACUGGAAGGUCCUCACAGACCUACCCCUAGAGGCCAGUACCUCUAUGGCCGGACUGACCGUUCUGGACAACAAGCUGUAUAUCGUGGGAGGGAUACAGGUGCAGGGUGCCCGCAAGUACGCUGUGGACACCUGCUUCUGCUACAGUGUGGAGGUUGACCAGUGGAGCAUGAUAGCCAGUCCAAAACAGUUGCGGUACAACUUCUCUCUCGUGGGACUGGAUGGAUGUCUUUAUGCCAUUGGGGGCGAGUAUGAGCGAACAAUCAUGUCAUCAGUGGAAACUUAUGAAGUUGCGACUGGAAGGUGGUCAUUUGUGGCACAUUUGCCUCGACCAGUCACCGGAGCAGCGUGCACCAAGGGCAUGGGCCGGAUAUUUGUGUGCUUGUGGAAGCCCAUGGAGACCACCGAAAUCUAUGAAUACCUGCCCAGGACAGACCAGUGGUUGCUUGUCAGCACUUUGAUAAGGCAUCAGAGCUACGGCCAUGCCAUGGUGGCUCACCGGGAUAACCUGUAUGUCAUGCGUAACGGGCCACAAGAUGACUUCCUGAGAUGCAUGAUGGACUGCUACAACCUCACCACAGGCCAGUGGACAGCCUUGCCAGGGCACUUUGCCAAUAGCAAAGGCUCCCUGUUCACAGCCGUGGUGAGAGGCGACUCGGCUUACACGCUGAACCGAACCAUGACUUUGGAGUACGCUAUUGAGGGGAAAACGUGGAAGCCCAGGAACCAGAUGAAGGGUUUCCCAAGAAGUGGCUCCUUGUGGACAUUUUUUCUUAGGCUGCCCAAGGGACGCAGAGGGUCCAUAUUGAAUGGCAUCCCAGAUGGAUAUGGACAAUGUUGAGAGAAAAGAUUCCCCUGAUCAGAUCUGACAAAUUCCCUUGAGAAGAUGAGGUAGAUGGGAGCUUACAUG